AACUCUCUGUAAGCUUAGAGCUUAUCAUUGGUGCUUUCGUUGUUUGAGUAAGCGAUGGCUUUUGCUAAUCCAAAGCGUGUCGCCACCGAUUCUCGUGAAGAAUCAUCAAAACUCAGCUCAAACCCGAACGAGACUCCUCCACCAGCUCCGUCGCUGGAUUCUCGUGUGAAGAAUGUCGAAAAGGAGCUGCUUUAUGUUCGUGAAGCGCUGAACCAGAUCUUAAGGAACCAGAUCUAUGGACCAGUCGAGAUGGCUGAGAUUCCACUCUAUUAGUUUGAGGAGCUAACAGUGGAGCUGCCUCAUGUCGCUUUUGACAUUCUGGAAUCUGCGUUCCUCCAUGGCUUGCAAAGAAGCCUCAAGGAUCAGGUCGUGAGAUGUCGACCGCCUAGACCUUCCUUGCCAGCCAAUUCGAUUCAGUCCGUCCCAAAAAACAAUGAUAGAGCUCAAUCUAAACGUCUGUAUAGUCCUAGAAGGGAUCCAAAACGUCCUUCAGGGAGUGGGACCUUGGGGAACACCAUGGAUGGUGAUCAAGAAAGAAAGAGGGUUUCUUCAAGACAUGCUGCACGUGGUUUUGCUAUUAUCAACGAGAGGAUCCCAGCCCCUGCUUGGACCGGUCAUGCCAGUUUUGUGCGAGAAGAUAGCCACGAUCGUGUAGAAAGCGAAAUGCUGCCGAAUCAAGCUGGUGGUGAACCUACUCGACGUCACGUCGAGCAGGGACGUCGAGGAGGCUCCUCGAGUUCAAGAGAUGAUGAUGCUGAACGUCUGGCCAGAAGAAGAAGAGAGAUAAGCCGCGGGAAGAGAGUUGUGGAAGCGGAUUUCGAACCCACACCAGAAGAAGAAGCUGUUGAAAUGGAGGAAGAGAUCAAGCCUGCUAAGCCAGCCAAAAGGGAUAGAAAGAAGAGGAAGCCUCCUACUCCUGAGGAUUUUGAGGGAUAUCAAGAGGAGACCUGCCAGCUCCUAGCCACUCUCGACGUACACUUCUACGCGGAUGAACAAGAAGAAGAGAAUGAGAGAGGUUUUGGAUACAUCAAGUUCUCUGUCAAGGGAAGAGACCACUCACUAACGAUCAGGGAGCUCAAUCUCUUGUAUGGAUUCCCGAGCAAAGAGGGAUUGGUGCAAGAUUUCGAUAAGCGUGAACUCCAAGCCUUCUGGAAGACGAUCGCCGGACCAGGAGAUUACAUACCUUCGAAAAGCAAGAGCUCCUCUAUUAGAAGCCCAGUGGUGAGGUAUCUACACCAGUCCAUCGCUAGCAUGUUCUUUGCAAAGAAGAUCACCGGUACCAUAAGUGAAGGUGAACUGCAGCUUCUGGACUCAGCCCUCCUAUUUACCUUAAGAAACACUAGUGAUGGAGCAGAAAUGGUGGGAGAUAGAGGAAAUGCUCCUCUAAUAGCCGUGUUCUUGGAUCAUUUAUUGGGAUACAAGGAGUAUGCUGCAACAAUGCAUAGACGUGGGAACAGGAGACUCUUCCCCAACUUGGAUCGAUAUGGUGUACUUAAGGAAGAAGGGCUACCUUGAUAAAACAGCUCCUGAAGGUGUGUUGCUCUAUGUAUUCAAUCACCCUGAAGAAGGAACUUCUAGGCUGCUUCUACCAUGCACGAAUCACACCACGAUUAGGGCUGGUGAGAACAUCGACUUCUGCCCACCAUCCUUCAUUCUCUACGAUUCACAAGUCGCCCCUGCCUCUCCACCGCCUCAAGAAAUGCA